GAGAGAGAGAGUCUCUAGAGAGAGAUGGCGGAGGAUCUGGUGCUGGACACGGCGAUCAGGGACUGGGUGCUCAUACCGCUGUCGGUGGUGAUGGUGCUCAUCGGCGUCCUCCGCUACUUCGUCUCCAAGCUCAUGCGCUCUGCCCAGCCCCCCGACGCCAAGCUCGUCAAGGAAGGGCAGGUGAUUGUUAGGGCUCGGAACCUGCGCGCCGCGGCUAAUUUGAUCCCGCCCAAGUCGUUCCGCGCUCGGAGGUUCUACUACAGCAACGAGGAAAAUGGUCUUUUAUUUGUGCCGAAGGGCCAGGCUCAGAAUGCUCAAGCUCAAAUGUUUUCCGAUCCGAAUAUGGCUAUGGAUAUGAUGAAGAAGAACCUGUCUAUGAUCAUACCCCAGACUCUGACUUUUGCAUGGGUCAACUUCUUCUUCUCCGGUUUUGUGGCAGCCAAAAUUCCCUUUCCACUCACUCAAAGGUUUAGGUCAAUGUUGCAAAAUGGGAUUGAUCUAAGCACUGUUGAUGUUAGCUACGUGAGCAGUCGCUCGUGGUACUUUCUUAACCUUUUUGGGCUAAGAGGUCUAUUUAGUCUCAUUUUGGGAGAAGAAAAUGCUACUGAUGAUACACAGCGUAUGAUGCAGAUGACUGGCUUUGGCUUCGACCCUACCAGGAGCCUGGGUGCUGAGAAAGACGGCCUUGACAUAGUGCAGCAUGACUGGACGAUGCCCAAGUUCGAGCGUCGUGCUGAAGCUGUAUUGAGGAAGCUUGUCCACUGAGUGAUGCCUGCAUCUGCAAUGUUUUUCUACUUCGUUGGCCGUCAUCCCAUGUUUGAUUUUAGUGAGAAUGUUUCGGCCAGCUGCGAAGCCCCAAGGCUUCAUUGAUGAUAGGAAAUAGUGGCAACUAUCUUUGUAGUUGUCUGUUCUGAGAUUAUCUGUUCUUUAAUAUAGGAAUAUUUUCGCUCUGUGGUCCUAAUCUUUUUUGAAAUCCCUGUAUUCAAAUGACGUAUGAUUAAGGUCUCAUCAGUUCUACGGAUUAGAGGAUAAUGGUCAUCUUUCUUUUGCAAUUUCAGACAUAGAAAUCAGAAAUCUUAUGCAG